AACGAUCAGAGCUUCCACGUAGGCAGUGGUGCAAACACACCAGAGUGUUAUAAGCACUCAUAAUUAUGUGAUAAGUGCCUUAUAGUUUAAUUAAUUGUAAUUAAUGGGAAAGUGAAAAAUGUCAGACAGCGAGGAAAGCGACGGAGAAGGUGGUUUAGGCAACUUGAACAGGCUGAUCGUGCGACCAGCCGGUCAGAGCGGGAAGGCCAAGCGCGGUCAGCUCUGCUUCGACGCGGCCUUCGAGUGCGGCAACUUGGGCCGGGCGGACUACAUCUCAGACCUGGAAUACGACCUGUACAUCAGACCCGACACCUGCCGCCCAAGAUGCCGCUUCUGGUUCAACUUCACUGUGGAGAAUGUUAGGCAAGAUCAGAGGGUGAUUUUCAAUAUAGUGAAUUUAGGUAAAGAGCAUACUUUGUACAAUACCGAUAUGACGCCAUUAGUACGGUCUACAUCUCGGCAGAAAUGGCAGCGUCUGCCUCGCCGGCUGCUGUUCUACCACCGCUCGUUGCCGCACCGCGGCCGCAAAAUCCUGAGUAUUGCCUUCGCGUUCGACAAGGAGGAAGACGUCUACCAAUUCGCCACCUCCGCCCCCUACUCCUACUCCCGCCUUCAGAAGUACCUCUCUGUAUGGGAAAAGCGGGCGCAGGCUUUCGCCACAAGGGAGACGAUAGCUCAAACUACGCAAAAAAGAAAAGUGGAUCUGAUCACGAUCGGCGACUUCGGGGCCAAAGAGGAGCAGAAUGAGGAUCAUGUCCCAGUGAAAGGAAAACCAGCUGCUUCCAAGAAGCGAGUCGUGCUCAUUCUGGCCAGGGUUCACAGCGGUGAACAACCAGCCUCCUUCAUUUGUCAAGGGUUCCUGGACUUCAUGGUAAGCACAUCGGAAAAGGCGUCAGCUCUACGCAACAAUAUCGUUAUACAGGUAGUGCCUAUGCUGAACCCGGACGGCGUGUUCCUGGGCAACCAGCGCUCUGACCUGCUGGGGUCGGACCUCAACCGCUGCUGGGACCGCGCCACCGCCUUCUCUCACCCAGCGCUCAUCGCCGUCAAUGAUGUUCUCAAGAAAGUCACUUCCGAGAAAGGAGUACAAUUGGAUUUCAUCAUCGAUAUUCAUGCAGACAUGAGCCACGAAGGUGUUUUUGUACGGGGGAAUUCUUAUGAUGACGUUUACAGGUUCGAGCGCCACGCUGUGCUCCCAAAAUUCCUAGCCGGCCGAGUGGAGGCGUGGCGUCCUGAAGCGUGCCUGUUCAACGCCGACGCACACGUGAUAGGUUGCGCGCGCCGCACUCUUCCCACGGGAACUAUGGACGCGUACACACUGCUCGCGUCAAUGGGCGGCCGCCGGCUCACUUCCAGGGGACCAUAUAUACACUAUACAGAAGAAGCUUACACAAAGAUAGGGCGAUCAGUGGCGCGUGCCCUGUGCGACUACUACCGCCACGUGAGUGUGGUGCCUCCGCGUGUGCCGCUCGUCAACAAGAAGGAAGGCCGCGGUCGCAGGCGCAGACGUCGGAGACCUGUCGCACCAAGAGAGAGGUCACCAAGCUCAUCCCCCGAGAGGAGAGUGCUGCCGGCGCGCAUACUGUCGCCCCCCCUGCCGCAAGCAUCGCCUCCGGCGCUCCGUGCCUUGCCUCCCAGGCUGUCCAGGCACACCGCCAUGAAGAACAGGCCCAAGACUGGCAUAGACGUCAACACUAUUCUGCCUAUUAUAACGGGCACAACCGUUAGGACGCCGCGACUGGCCGUGGUGGACUUCAGCGCCUACAUCCGCGCUCCCAAGGGGGACACGUACGGCGUGUUGAAAUCCAAGGCCAGAUUAGCUCGACCUCCCAGGCCCUCGCACCCACGGUUCACCAGCGAUGAAUACGAUACACAUGAAUCUGAGUCGUGAUUAUAAACCUGUCAAAUAACUCGGAUCACACACGUUAACUGCGGCCCAACUAAACAACUCAACGCCAGUGUAGGAGAUUUUGUUAAAUUAUUCUCAAAAUAUAUAGUCGAGUGAAGCAGUCUCUACUAAGUUUAGCACAGAAAAACCUUUUUGUCAAUGGAAUAUGGGUUUAUUUAUAGCAUUCGAAUCAGCUCGCUCGACGCGAGUGAUAUUAGCGACACCCUAACCAACUGAAAGCUUUCUAGUAAAUGGUCAGGAUUUUCCUGAGCUGCGACCACCCAGAAGAAUCAGUCUAAUCUUUGUAUUACUUAUUUUAUAUUAGGUUUAAACACAUCAUUGUGAGUGUGUUUCAGUCUAUACGGCAAAAAGUGCCAAAAACAUUUCGACCUUAUCAAUUUUAGAUGUUACUACAACUUUUCAAUUGUCUUUCCAGUUUCUAAACUUUUACUGUAGCUUCAUUAAUAUUUACUGAACUAGAAAGUAAUCACGAUCACUUUUAGCACGUCAAGUAAUAUAUAAGCAUUUCCCCAAUAAACAUUAUUAAAUCGUGAUUUUUUUCUUGCUUUUACAACUUAAUACCCAUUGCAGUACCUACGUCGCAUAAAUACAUUGAGUCUUUGAUGAAUCAAUCUAAUAGUAACAGAGGCAAUAUGGUAAUACUUGUUAAGUACAUCUAUACAAGUGUUCUUCGUAAUGUAUUACAUUACUAUGAGUUAGCAUACCAACCAACGCAUACCCAACAUUUGUCGAUUUCCGAGACGUAUGAAUUACCAUGCCUGUCUAAAGUUUGGGACCGAUUUCCAGCUCGGGUGAAUACUCUUAAAUUACCGACUAAACGGAACGUAUAAAAUAAAACAAAGUGUUUUAUUGAAACGUAUAAUGUCCAAGCUUUUCAUAUUUACAAUCACUAACAUCUAACUAAUCAUUCAGUCAUCUCUUAGAACAAUCUUAUUGAACACUAUUAUCACUACAAAUUCCUCAAUCAUAACAGCAAAUGAAAAACGUGACUGAGUAUCGUCAUCGAGAUUUAUUCUCAAACGUGUUUAGUAGUUUUAUGACAAAUUUGGUUUACAUGUAAACAUCACCUACAAUGUACUUAAAGAGGUCAUAGGAGCAUCACGAGGAGCGAUUCGACUUCGAAUCUACAGAAGCGCGGGCCGACCGAGGCCCGAUCGAACACGAAGCACCUCCCUAAUAAAUAUCUUUGGCAUGAACCGAACAGCUCGCCGACAAUUCACACGCGAUUGCACUAACAACCGAUAGUUAUUGCUUUAUGCCAAUGUUCGUUUCGCGUCAAGAGUCACUGGGCUACGGGAGCGCGGUGGGCGCGGCGUCACUCCCAGGCGUCGUUGUCGUCGUCGGAGAGGGUGACGAGGCGCAUGGGGUCGUUGUCAUCGAGACGCGCGCGGCGCGGCGCGGCGGGCGGGGCGGCGGGCGGCGCGGGCGCGCGUGCCGCUCGCUUCUGCCGCAGCAGCUCCUCGUCCGCCGCCGUGCGCGGCUUGCGGAACUCGUACACCAGCGGGAAGAUGCGCUCCACCGCUGACUGCACGUCGUUCACACUGCGAGCUGCCGGAAAACGAUCACAUUGAUAUUGUAUAUACAGAAAAAAGUCCUUAUAUUAUUACAUACACCUAUGAAAAAGAUACUGUAAUAAUGACAAUGCUUUCAAAGAUAUGACAAAAAUAAAAUCACACAUUUUAGACUCGUUCAAACGAUCCAUACUAAA